AUGCAAAUCGAUCGUAUCUUCAUUAAGAUGUGGCAAUUCAUUACCAAUAUUACUACUACAAUACUGAAUUAUUUCAAUUCCAAGAAAACUCAAUUUGAUACAUAUUAUUCUGUUUUAUUAGAAAAGUUAUAUAAACCACAGCUUCAAUUAGAUAGUGUUUUAAUUGAAUUAGAUUUGGAUAGAAAAAUGCUUGCUGAUUUGGUUAAAUCGUAUCUUUGGAGAAUGGUUUUUAUCACAGCAAUUACUCAUGUUGUUACAAUAUUUGUUGGAACAAUUUCCUACCUUAUUUUAAAAGACUAUGGCGUUGAGGUAGAAACAGCUUUACCGAUAAUUGUAAUAAUUGGAAUAGUCAUUUACAAUUCAUUUUGGUUUACUUUAAUUUUCCAGUUAGUAACUAAUUUUUUUGAGGAAAUGGUUAUUUAUCUAAAGACAACGACGCUGAUAAAAUUUACAAACUUUGAUCUUCAUGAUUGUGUGAGAAGGCUUAUAGAUGAUAGAUUGGAUGACAUAUUUAGAUAUUUGAGAAAUCUAAACUUUCAUAAGAUACCUCACAAUACAAAACAAGGAAAUUAA